UUGAAAGCGCAAAUUAAAUCGACAAGUCGAUUAAUAACUAGUCGUUAAUAUCAAACUAUUUUUAACUUUUUACAGUUGCGAACAUUCUUUUGCUUAAAAAUCGAAUGAGAUCACUGCGUCAAUAUCCGAACCACGAGCAAAAGUAUACCAAUUUAUACGUCUAGAAUUUGGGUUAGUUUGCCAAGUGAAAGUUCCAGCCGUUCCCUGGAGCUGCCUGGAGCACCUAAUUGACGCUAAUUGAACCUAUUCAGCCUCGACUCCUCAUCCCGUUGAGCGCUUGUUUGCCUUCUUCUGAUAGCCGAAAUUUGAACACCAGUCUCUGACAUGGUUAAUCACUUCCAGAUCUGGAUCAGUGUUCUCCAUUCAGCUGGAGUCGGAUUUAGUCCACUUUUAAAAUCCAUUCAGUCAAUAUGCAGUCUUUUAGGAAGGAAACACUUUUGUUGCAAGUGCUCGUGAUCCUCACAACACUUCAGGGUCACGUUAGAGCCGACGAUGGCGGCAAAGCCGCCGAAGAAGGUCGCUUCCUGUUCUGGGGUAAACCGUUCCUGAUUGUGCCACCAACUGCGCCCACCCGUCACCAGCUAAUCUCCGGUAUCGGUAUCCCACUCGGGACUCCCGAGUCCAUCACCACCGGGUGGGUCAUCAAGGCGCAGUACUUCCUACCGUCCACGGUGGACCAUCUGAAGCCACUGCUGUGGGAAGGUUGGAACGAUACCAGGCGAUCGCUUGGAAAGCGUGACGUUGGCGGGGAUGUUCCUGGAGAUCAUUACGAAAAGUAUGAGGCGAAGGAGGUGAAAAUUGAGACGGAGAAGCUACCGGAUGAGGUUGAGAGUUCCGAUGAGGAAGAUGACGAGUUUGAGGAUGGGGAUGACAAUUACUGGCUGGAUGACGAGGAGGUCGAGCGGUUCCAGGAAGCUGAUCAGCGGUUUCCACCGAAUGAGAUGGAUGCUAAGGCAGCGGAAGGGUACAACGCUGGACAGUCUCGCUGGAUAACGUACAAGACGCUGGAGAAGGUCGGUGAACGGUACGGCGCAGGAGGUCGUCCCUGCGUUCUGCGGAGUAUUUGCGAAGCUGCGGCCGCCGAAUUUACCCAUUCUGGAGGAGUGUUUGCCGAGUUGAUGCACAUCAUUUUUACUCCCUCGACCACGACGGAAUCGCUGUCGGAGCACAACGACAACGAGUACUACCGGGCGGAACAGCUGGGACGAGAGGGAGCACCGUGCGAGCAGGUUUUCCACGAGUGCAAACAGUCGAUACUGGACGUGUUUACCAGUGUGCACGAUCCGACGACCAACUCAAUGUCGGUGGCCCAUCAAAAAUUGCUACAAGCUAUGAUGAAAUAAGUGCAAUAAAAGACUGAUUUGAAAUUCGCUGCGUUUCGAAAUUACGUAUUUUUAGAAUUGGUUAACACCCCUACAAAGUGUCGUGAUCGGGGACUUUCUUUUAUAAUAAAAACACAGAUUAUUUUGCAAUCAACAAACAACACGUCUUAUUCCACACAAAUUAACCACAAAACUGAUUUGACAAUCUUCAUUCUCUCUUUUGCCGGCCGCGCGCUCUCGCACUCAACCCACAAUCCGUCAGCUAA